AUGCAAGUAUCCCCGGCCCGUGAACCGCACGUGACCACAUCCAGAUUAAGUCCAAAUAAACACAUUCACGUCCAACAUCAACAUAACGCUACUCACUAUUCAGCCAUGGAAAGCCCACAUGAGCAUCAGCAGACAGUGCUGCUCUCUCGCAUCAUCACCAAUGUUGAGAAGCUCAAUGAAGCCAUAAUGGUCAUGAAUAAGGGCCUCCAGGAAGUUAACAUCCAGAACAUGAAUGUUGAGCUUGUGGCGCAGAUGUUCAAGAACUACCAGUCUAAUGUUCUCUUCCACCUCGAAGCCACGGAGAACCUCCAAGAGCCAUCCUAA